UCCCCGGGGGCCUCGGUCUCCGGGACCCCAAACCGGGGCAUUGGUCAGAGAAGCGGGUCGCGGAAGGGCCGGUGCAGCGGCGCUGCCCAGCCUGGACCUCGCUGCCCGCUGGUCUGUCCGUCCCCUCCCCCUCCCCCCCAGACCCACGGGCUGCGUCCUCACAGUCCUCACCGCCGCGGUCUCCAGUGACGCCAGGGGGCCUCUUGUCACCUAGGCCAUGCCACUUCACCGGGGCCUUGGGUUCCUGCUGUGACCUGCGAGCACCGGACACGGUGGACCCAGGUCCUGCGGGCAGGGCACCCGGCAGCCGCCAGACCGCGGAGGCGUCUAACCAGGUGCCCGGUGGCUGGGACUGUCUCCACAGUGUGCGGGAGGCCUGUGGUGGACUGGAGGAUCUUUGGUGGCAGCGGGGCGCCUGACCAGCAGUGGCCGUGGCAGGCCAGCCUGCAGUUCCACGGCAAGCACAUCUGCGGCGCGGCCCUGAUCGACAACUUCUGGGUGAUCUCAGCGGCCCACUGCUUCCAACAGUCCUACGACGCCCGUGACUACCUGGUCCUGCUGGGGUACCACGAGCUGCACGGAGCCGCCCCGCAUGGCCUGCAGGCGGCCGUGCACCGGCUCAUCAUCCACAAGGCCUUCAACAAGGACCACUUCUUGAGCAACGACCUGGCGCUGCUGCAGCUGCGGCGGCCCGUGGACUUCACGCCCCACAUCCUGCCCAUCUGCCUCCCGGAGCCCGACACCAUGCUGCCCAUUUACGCAACCUGCUGGGUCACCGGCUGGGGCAAGCUCACCGAGAAUGACUUCCUGCCCCGCCCCUCGCAGCUGCAGGAGGGGCGGGUCAGCCUCCUGGACAGACGCGUCUGCAAGGUGUUCUUCCAGGCGUCGGACCCCCAAGGCCCGCAGUACACCAUCGACGAGGGCGUGCUGUGUGCUGGGACCAUGAGGGACAACAAGUCCAUCUGCCGCGGAGACUCGGGGGGGCCCCUGAGCUGCCAGCUGAACGACACCUGGUUCCUGGCGGGGCUGUCCAGCUGGAGCCUGCCCUGCCGCUCGCCCGUGAGCCCCAGCGUCUUCACCCGGCUCGCCCACUUCUCCGACUGGGUCCUCGAGCGGCAGAAGGAGAACCCCCCGCCCCCGCGGUCUCCUCAGCACAAACCCGCGUCCUCCCACGGCCCCUCCUCCAUGGGCGCCGUCCCGGGGUCCGGGGUCCACAGGGCCCGGCUGCUGUCACAGGCCCUCCCGCUGCUGCUGCCGCCACUGCUGCUGCCGCCCCCACUCAGGGUGCCGUGAGGGACCCCCGGCGCCCUCCGCCCUUCCCCGUGCGCCCCGCAUGCUCCUGGAGUCUGUCCGUCUCCGGGCCGCAUCUGAGCCCUCCCGUCCCCCCGAGGCCUGACCAGGUAAAAG